AUGAACCUGCCGAAGAAGAAGAAAUCAUAUCAGUUGGGGGUGUAUGACCCGGAGCUCGGAAAGGCUUUGGCGGAGCAAUUCCCAAUUGCUCACGGCCAGUCUGUGAAGGAGUUGCUGCGAGGCUGCCGUCUGCAUUUCAACCGCUUAGUCAAGGAUCUCAAUGAAAACGACUUGGACAAAGCUCGCCUUGGGCUGGGCCAUGCUUUCAGCCGAGCGCGUAUGCAGCUGGACCCAAACAGACAGGAUAAACCCAUCAUGAACACCAUUGCAUUGCUAGACAAUCUGGACAAGAACAUCAACACCUUUGCAAUGCGAGUUCGGGAAUGGUACGCCUGGCACUUCCCGGAGCUCACUAAAAUCGUGACUGACAACAUCGCGUAUGCCAAAGUAUCUCGAGUUGUAAGAGUCAGGGACAGCUUUGAAGGUGACAGAGAGGCUCUGACGGAGGCUUGUGGGUCAGAGGAGGUCUCAGAUGAAAUCCUGAAGGCAUUAAAGAUGUCCAUGGGCCAGGACAUAGUCGAGAUGGACAUGAAGAACAUAGAUCACUUUGCCAGCGAGGUGAUCAAGCUUGCAGAUAUGCGCAAAACCUUGCAUGACUACCUGAAGGCAAAGAUGGAUCUUGUGGCCCCCAAUCUGGCCGCAUUGAUCGGUGAGAUCAUUGGAGCCAGGCUCAUCUCCCAUGCAGGAAGCCUCACGAACCUGGCAAAGUAUCCUGCUUCGACAGUUCAGAUCUUGGGCGCUGAGAAGGCGCUCUUCCGCGCCAUCAAGACCAAGGGCAAUACUCCAAAGUAUGGAUUGAUUUUCCACUCUACUUUCAUCGGCCGUGCCCAGCAGAAGAACAAGGGCAGAAUAUCCAGGUACUUAGCCAACAAGUGCUCCCUAGCAUCACGCAUUGAUUGCUUUUCUGACGAAGCGACCACAGUUUUUGGCGAGAAGCUCAAGGACCAGGUGGAGGAGCGGCUAGCGUUCCUGUCGGAAGGCACAACACCCCGAAAGAAUUUGGAAGUUAUGCAAGAAGCAAUUAAGGAGGUUACGAAGCUGCGCAAGAAGAAAGCCAAGAAGGCAAAAGCUGCAGCAGAGGCCGCAGCUGCUGGUGAAGAGGUUGAAGAAGGGGCAGUGAAGAAGCCAAAGAAGCCUUCCUGCUGCACUUGCUUGCUUGUGUUCGGCCAGCACAACAUACCAAAACUAUCAGCUGGCAUGUGGCCACAUUUUUUCGAUUGGGGCAGUCACAUCCACAGUGCCAUGUCCAAGGAAGCGGGGACAGGUUGA